UAAUGUGUUACUUGUCUGCUGUUACCACGUCCAACUGAUUCUGCAUAGAAAGGGUUAGAAUGUGAAUAUUUAUACCCUACCACCCCCCAAAGCUGCAGUAUAUUCCAAAGUAGUUUAAAUUUAAGCUCAACAAAAUGGGUGCAGUGAUAAGUUCGUCUGAGGACGAAAAUGAAGAUAAUUUUGAUUUAUCGUCGCUGGAAAGUGACAGUGAUAGUUCUAGUAGUGAAAGCGAAAGUGACUUUUUAUUUGGUAGCGAUACGUCCGACGAUGAAAAUGAUGUUAAUGAAAUAGAAAUUGAACUAGAAGGCGUUCUGUUUGGGAUGGGAAAUCCUCUUCUAGAUAUAUCAGCAACAGUUGGAAAGGGAUAUUUAGAAAAGUACAACCUGAAAGCAAAUGAUGCGAUUCUAGCUGAAGACAAGCACUUACCUAUGUAUGAGGAGAUAGUAAAAAUGUUUGCAGUUGAUUACAUUGCUGGUGGUGCUACACAGAACUCUAUUAAAGUUGCUCAGUGGAUGCUAGGUAAACCACUCAGCACUACAUUUGUGGGUUGUAUUGGCCAAGACAACUUUGGAGAUAUCCUUAAAGAGAAGGCUGAAGAAGUAGGCGUCCGAACAGCAUACUACAGGCAGUCUGAAAUACCAACCGGACUUUGUGCAGCUUUGUUAUGUGGGACUGACAGGUCACUUUGUGCUAAUUUAGCUGCAGCAAAUAACUACAAGGUAUCCCACUUGCAAGAAAAGGAUAACUGGGCACUUGUAGAGCAAGCAAGCUACUAUUAUAUUGCUGGUUUUUUCCUUACUGUCUCACCAGAGUCCAUCAUGCUCGUUGCCAAGCACGCUGCACAAAAUGGAAAAACGUUUAUGAUGAAUUUAUCAGCUCCAUUUUUGUCCCAAUUUUUCACGAAACCUAUGAUGGAAGCUAUGCCAUAUGUAGAUAUUCUAUUUGGGAAUGAAACUGAAGCACAAGCCUUUGCAGACAAGCAUGAGUUUAACACAAAAGACAUUGGAGAGAUAGCUAAAAGGAUUGCUGGCUUACCAAAAGUUAACAGCACUAAGCCACGUAUGGUAGUUAUAACUCAAGGUUGCCAAUCGACCCUUAUAGCUACUGGACCACAUGAGCUCACAGAGCAUCAGAUCAUACCCCUUGAUACAAGCAAGAUAGUGGACACUAAUGGUGCUGGAGAUGCAUUUGUAGGAGGUUUUCUUGCUUUACUUGUGAAAGGCAAGCCUGUCAAAGAAUGUGUGCAAGCUGGCCACUUUGCUGCUAACUUGAUCAUUCAAAGAUCUGGUUGUACUUUUCCCAAGGAAUGUACGUAUGAAUGAACACUCAUAUAAACGACUGCCGCUGCUAUGCAAAUGAGAUGUCACCAUAUACAUAUAUGGGCACGUUUUAAAAGAAGCAGGUGCCUUUGAAAAAUUUCAUAUUAGCAUGAAAAGGUUUGAAUAUAUUAAAAGUUACGAUCACG